AAAACAAACAGUUAAUAAUCUUGCAAUCUUCAUCACUUUUUAAUUUCUAUACCGGGUGUACUAAUACAUUUUGACACAUUUGAAUUACGAGAUGAAUAUUAAAUAAGGAGAAAAUAGCGGGAAUGUCAAAGUAGUGCGAACUUUGUAAAGAUAUUCACGAGUAUUUUUGUUCGUUUUGUUUUUCUCUGUACUGUGAAAUGUUUUCAAGAACAGGAAUCAGUAAUGAGGAGAUUAAUAAAUUUCUCUAUAAACAAUUGGUCGUAGAUAAAGACAAAUCCAUCACUAUGAGAAUUGUGUUUGAUAAAUUCAAAAAGAAGUUUCGAGUAAAAGAAAUUGAUAAAGAAUUGAAAGCAUACCUCAGAAAAAUGGCCAGCAACAUAGUUGAAGACGAAAAUAUUUGUGUUAAUGGAGAGAGACAACAAUUCAAUCAGACAACAUUUAAAAGAAAACGAAAAGAACACAAGAAAGAUAAUUUGAAUGAAGAUGUUGAGAAAAAAAAGAAAAAGAUUUGCAUUUCAACUGAUGACAGUUCAUCAAAAGAAGAACUACCCAGAAAUGGUUUUAAUGAAGAUGAUGCCGAUGAAGUUGCUAAGUCCAGCCCUGAAGAUAGUCACACUUGCAAUGGAAAUGAUGAAUCUGGUAAUGGGAAAAAGGGAUCUGAUGAUGAAAAUGAGAGGUCUAGUUAUGAAAAUGAGGGGUCUGGUGAUAAACAUGAGGAAUGUGGUGAUGAAAAUGAGGGGUCUGGUGAUGAAAAUGAGGGGGACGAUGAUGAAAACAAUGAUGAUGAUAGCGAGUUUGAAAUGGUUCUAAAGACAUACAAAACAAAACAAAAAAUUACUACCAAGAAGAGGCUUUCUGACAUAGUUAUGAAUGACGGAAGUAAUUCAGAAGAAGAAAAAUCUCAAUAUUGUUCAUCAGAUGAAGAUAAAACUUUAUCAACAUUAAAAAAGAAAUUAAAGAAUUAUGAAAACUCCCUUGAGACUGGUAGACAUAAUAACGCAGAUAUAAGUAAAGAUAUUGAAGUAAAUAAUGAAAAUGGCAGUUCUCCUGCACAGGAAAAGAAAAAAGGAAAGAAAAAAAAUGGCGAUAAACAUUUGAGCUUCAAACAAACGAAUAAAGAUUCAAUUGAAACAGUAAGAAAUGGCUAUUGUUUGUCAAAAACCAGUGAUGGCAGUGAAAGUAGUUAUGAAGAGGAUCCUACCUUAGAUGGCGAUGAAAAGAAGAAAAAACAUAAGUCUUCUAACGUCGUUUGUAUUUACCAUAUUGUUAAUCUUGUUUCAACUUUCAAGUAAUCAAUUUCCUAUCGCUGUCUUCUUUAAAAGACAUUUGGAAAUCAAUGACUGAUUAUGUAUCAUGUUUUUUUUUCAUUUUUUCUUUUUCAUCAGCAAAAUUCGUUGUCCUACCAAAAAGAAAAAGAUGACAGUACAAAAUUAAAGAAAUUAAAACGUUAUUUGCGACAGUGUGGAACGCGACUGAAUUAUCAAAAGUUUUUCUCAGAUUGUCGUUCAAUGAAAGGAAAGGAACGUAAACUAGAGACUUACAUAAAAGAAUUGACUGACAUUGAAGGUGUCUUAACUUGUCUAAUUAUUAUUGUACUCUACCAAUUAUUACCAAACUCUACGAAUUAUCAUCAGACCAUGCUAAAUUGAUUACCACAAAAUACUAAUCACACAAUGUAUAUAUAUAUAUAUUUUGCAAGCUUUUUUAAUUGCUAUUAUAAUGUGUUUAAUUUAGGUCGAAUUACAUUGGAGAAAUGCAAAAAGUACAAACUAAAGAAAGAGAAGGAAGACGAAAUGGCAGAACUUGAUGUAAGCAAGAUCAUUACCACUUCAGGUAUACAAUGUCUGAAUUAAAAUUUAUUUAAUAAAUCAAUAAGAUUAAUUUUAUUUUUUUCAGUGAAAGGUAAAAGAGUAACACGACAAUCAAGCAUUAAUAAUAACAUUUCAAAAUCAAGUUCUUCUGCUUGCGAUAAAAUGUUUAACAAUGUGAGAGAUCUUCUCGAUAGCGAUGAAAGUGAUAAUGAAAAACGUCCAAGAAAAAAUAUUGCCAUUAGUGAUGAAGAUGAGUAGAAAACAUCGUAACAUAUUAUUUCAAACAUUGCGUUUUAAGAGUCAAACAGGAUCAAAAACUGGUGUAUUUACAGUAGCUGACAAAUAUUUAUUUUCUUAUAAAGAUCAGCGACCGAUCUUCAUAAGAUUGAGCGCGAUAAAAAGCUAAUUUUUGAUGGCUUGUAAUAUUAUUUUAAAUGGUAAAAAAAUGCUAAUGUGUUUGAAAGCGGACUUUAAUUUGAAAAGUAUCAUAAAAAUCGUCAACUCUUUUUUGAAAUAUUAUUAUCAAUA